GUAAACUAUGCGUAAUGAUGCGAUCACAAAAGUGGUUUGCUUGGGGUCAACUUGAAUUGUCUUUAGUUACAACAACACAACAUCUUUUGCUCAGGCAAAAUGGCUUGCAGGCCGCGUCGAAGUAGUUGUGGACGAUGUUGUAAGACCUUCUGUCUGAUGAUGAAAGGAAAUCUUCUGCUCGUUUUGCUGGUGGUUGGAGCAAUCAUCGGUUUUGCAAUUGGAGCAAUAAUCAAUGAUCCUGUGAAUCGCAUCAUCGACCCCGAGAAGAAAGCCACUGUUAUAAUGCUUAUCGCCUUUCCAGGAGAACUAUUCAUGAACAUGUUAAAGAUGAUUGUCCUGCCUCUUAUCGUCGCCAGUCUGAUAACUGCCGUAUCGACCUUGAAUCCUGAUGUCGCGGGACGAAUUGGACGACGAGCCCUGCUUUAUUACUUGGGAACACUGGCUUUAGCCGCCAUUUUGGGUUUGACUCUUGUCAUGACGAUACGUCCCGGUUUAAGCGACGAUCAUGGCGCAAGAAAAGAUGUUGUAGGUGUGAAAUACCGAAACUUAGACUCAUUACUCGAUAUGAUAAGGAACUGUUUCCCCAGUAACCUUGUUGAAGCAGCCGUCAGUCAGAAAAGGACAAAAUACAUCACAGUGCCUGCAAGUUUCCAGAUUUACAAUGUAAAGAGCAAUAACAUCCACCUUGGACCAGACGAGGAAAUUACCGCUGUCCGUUUUAAUGGUACCGUCAACAUCACCACCAUUAGAAAGGAGAUCCACACGGGCUCAGACACCGUGCCAGCGGGGAUGAUGUCAACUGGAGGGAUGAACAUCAUUGGCUUGAGUUUGUUUUCCAUCGUGCUUGGUAUUGUGUUAGCGAGGCUUCGCGAGAAGGGAAGACCGCUAAUUCAGUUCUUUUCCGCCUUGAAUGAGGCAGUUAUGGUUAUCGUUCAUUUUGUGAUGUGGUUGGCUCCAUUAGGAGUGUGCAGUCUGGUGGCAUCUCGCAUAGCUGGUAUGGAUGACAUCUUAGGUACCCUGGAAAAGCUAGUUUUUUACAUGUUGACUGUCAUAUGUGGUUUGUUCAUCCAUUCUCUCAUCACGUUGCCACUUGUGUUCUUUGUUGUCACUCGAAAGAAUCCUUAUUCGUUUAUGAAAGGUCUGAGAGACGCCUUGAUGACUGCAUUUGGAAUCGCUUCCAGGUAUGACACUGAAAUAUUUUUUUAUGUUGGGUUGUUAAAUGGUUUUGUUAGCUUCUUGUCAACACUGUUAAAUAUUUCCAGGAGCUGUUUUCCGAGUAACCUUGUUGAGGCGACAUUUCGUCAGAAAAAAACCUUUUACACUUCAGAUCCUGGGAAAUAUGAAGUGUAUAAUGUGACUGAAACCAAUCCUAAACUUGAAGACAAUGAGAAGAUCAUUCGAAUGAUCACGAUAAAUGGCACGCUCAACAUCACCACCAUAUCCAGAGAGAUAUACCCCAGCUCUAAUACGAUAUUCGCAGGGGUCGCAACCAACCCCACGGGGGGUAUGAACAUCCUUGGCUUGGCUGUGUUCUCAAUUGUGUUUGGUAUAGUGUUGGGGAAAAUGGGUGCCAAAGCCAAACCCCUCAAGGCUUUCUUUUCUGCGCUCAAUGAUGCUGUUAUGAUCCUGGUGACACUGAUCAUGUGGUAUGCACCAGUAGGUAUCUGUAGUCUGAUUGCACAGCGUGUUGCAAGCAUGGUAGAUAUUGGAGAUGAACUCAGCAGGCUGGCAUUAUUCAUUGUGACGGUGAUGGUUGGCUUGGUAAUCCAUGCAUUCAUCAUUCUCCCGCUAAUUUUCCUUGUGGUGCGGAGAAGCAAUCCUUUUACUUUCAUGUAUCAAAUGAGAGAUGCCUUCGUGACAGCUUUUGGCAUCAGUUCUAGUGCAGCAACUCUGCCAACCACCAUACGCUGCCUUGAAGAGAACAACCAUGUAGACCCACGCAUAAGCAAGUUUGUUCUGCCGCUGGGUGCUACAGUGAACAUGGAUGGUGCAGCUCUGUAUGAAGCGAUUGCUGCUAUCUUCAUUGCUCAGCUCAAUGAAUAUGACUUGUCAGCUGGAAAAGUUAUUGCCAUUUGUCUUACAGCAACUGCGAUCGCAAUUGGCGCCGCUGGAAUUCCAUCCGCAGGCUCAAUUACUACUAUCAUUGUGCUGCAAGCCGUUGGCCUACCGCUGGAUGACAUUGGGCUCAUCAUGGCUGUUGACUGGUUUCUGGACCGCUUCAUAACAACCGUGAACGUUCUUGGUGACGCAAUGGGAACUGGGAUCGUGCAACACCUGUCACGUGACGACUUAAAGUCAACCGGAGACGAUGACGAAUCAGUAUUAAAACCUCUUCGCAAGAGUGAGAACGAGGCUGAGGUGGAAUGCCUCUCUGUUGCAGGGUCAGCUGCCAGCAUUGAAUUCUUCAAGUACCAAUAAUUGUACACCUGGGUGGUGAGAAGUACUGUGAGAGUGAAGUUUCUUGCCCAAGAACAAACCAAAGACUGCUUGAUGUGCAGUCCAGUUCACAAACCAUUAAGCCAUUAGGCUAGGCACGAAGAUAAAUGGUUAAGGAAGUACUAAUACAUACAGUGGAAAGAAAUUGGUUCCUCCCUCCCUUAUCAACAACAGUGCCCCAGGCACAGCUAGGUUAUGUUGUCACAUACCUGUAACAAACGAUUCUUGAAAUAGCUGAACAACAUUAAAACAACCACUUUCCUGCUCA